CAUUUUUCCCUUGCAGAGUCCUACUCAGUGGCUGGCAGUGAUGGUAGCCUCUCCACCUCGGUCGCCUCCACCCAGCCACAGCCCUCCAGCAGCUCGGCCCCCAGCUCCCCCAGCUCACGCCGUUCCGUCAGCACGAUCAAGAAGUGGCUCACCAACCCCGUGCGCAGGCUGAGCACCGGAGGGGCAGCCAAGGUGGAGCGGCAGGUACGCAGGCUGGAGAUCAAGCCCAAGAGGAAGAGCCUGGAGGAGGAGAGAAAGAGCACAGACCUGGGGGGGACCAGGAGGCAGGAGGAGAACGCAGGCAUCCAGCCAUCCAGCAACAAGGAGCCGGAAUGGAGAGAUGGCCUAGUGAGCUGUAGCAUUUCUGAAUCUGAGAACGUCCACCAGCAGAGCUAUCUGUCUGACCUGCUGCAGGGGGAGGGGACAGACUCCCAGAUCAUGGAUACUCAGUGCUCCUGUCCCCAGGAAGAUCCAGAUGGCUCCGUCUUAUUGGACGAUGUCUCCUGCCAGUCAUCAACCACGCUGGACAGUGAGGAGGAAAGGAGGAGUGCCUUAGAGAAGAGCAUGUACGUUCUCAAGGAGCUCAUAGAGACAGAGAAGAUGUAUGUUGGUGAUCUGGGCCUCAUCGUGGAGGGGUACAUGGCCACCAUGAAUAUGAAGGGAGUCCCGGAUGACAUGAAGGGAAAGGAUAAGAUUGUGUUUGGGAACAUACACCAGAUCUACGACUGGCACAAAGAUUACUUCUUGGGAGAGUUGGAGAAGUGCAUGGAGGAACCUGAGCGACUCGCAGGGCUUUUCAUAAAGCAUGAGCGCAGGCUGCACAUGUACGUGGUUUACUGUCAAAACAAACCCAAAUCCGAGCACAUUGUCUCCGAGUAUAUCGAGACCUACUUCGAAGAGAUGAGACAGCAGCUGGAACACAGGCUGCAGCUGAACGAUCUCCUCAUCAAACCGGUUCAGAGAAUCAUGAAGUACCAGCUGCUGCUCAGAGACUUUCUAAAGUAUUAUACCAAAGCAGAGAGGGACACCACGCAAUUAGAGAAAGCGGUGCAGGUGAUGUGUUUCGUGCCGAAGCGAUGCAAUGACAUGAUGAACGUGGGUCGCUUGCAGGGAUUCGAGGGAAAGAUCACGGCGCAGGGAAAGCUGUUACAGCAGGACACGUUCACCGUGACGGAGCAGGACUGCUCCUUCCUGUCACGUGCCAGAGAGAGGCGGGUCUUCCUCUUUGAGCAGCUUGUCAUCUUCAGCGAGCCAAUCGACAAGAAGAAGGGCUUCUCGCUGCCCGGGUUAAUCUUCAAGAGCAGCAUCAAGGUGAGCUGUCUGGGUUUUGAGGACUGCGUGGACAGCGACCCUUGCAAGUUUGCACUGACGUCCCGGGGCGCUGACGGGAACACGGUGCGGUACGUCCUCCAGGGGGCAAGUCCCGAAAUCAGGCAGGCCUGGGUGUGCGACGUGGGGCAGAUACUGGAGACACAGCGCAACUUUCUCAACGCAUUGCAGUCCCCAAUUGAGUACCAGCGCCGGGAGAACAAGUCAAACAGCCUGGGCAGAGCGAUGAGGGCUCCCCUAGCAGCUUCGUCCAACCUCAGACCCCAUUCCUCAGCCUCCAUCGACCGCAACAAGCUGCCCAGCCUGCGCUCCUACAACGCCUCCCUGCCCUCGCUCUACAUGCCCUGCCACAACAGCCAGGACCGCGGGCUAACACACAAGUCUCCGCAAGUGAGACACAUAGCCGUAGACUCGAACCCAAGUCUCUGCAUGCUGUCUCCUGCGCACGUCCGCCUGGAGUUCUCUGAGGCGCCUGGGAGCCCCUGCAGCGCGCAGAGCGAAUCCGUUUCCAACGGGCUGUCACAGUCGUCCCCACGCAGCACGCAGAAACCGAGUGAAGGCACCAGCAGAAGUUCAACUUCAUCAACCAGAGACCAAAACCACAGCAGCUCAGAUUCCCCCCUGCACCUUCGUACUGCCAGCCUGGCUAAAUUGGAUGAGGACGAGCUAUAAACUCUACAGACUCCGUUUCCUCCCCUCCUGAUCACUGUGACAAGGGAGAGGAAACCCCUAAAGAAUUUGAAGCUUCUUAAGCAUGAACAGCCGCACAACUGUUUGAAAAAAAAAAAAAAAAAACUUUCAGUGUCUUAUCUGUGAUCCAGACGGUCCAACUGACGAAGAGGAAGCAGCAUCUGUCUGUCUGAGUAAUCAGAAGCUCACACAGAAGGAACUGUCAGCGCUCACAUCACCACCAGAUCUUUCAAGAUGAAGGACAGCGCUUUCAGCUGCAUGUGGUGGUGGGUCUAAACUUUUGGGAAAGAG